AUGGCGCCGCCUGUAGUGGAUGUGAAAGAUCUAGCUCCAAAGUCAAAUGUGUGUAAUAAGUGCAAAAAUUCGGUAAAAUCAGGAUUGAAAUGCAUGAAAUGCGAUAUUGUAUUCCACCCGAGCUGUGCGAAGAAUUGUAGCUAUGUGACAUUCCUCGAUAAUAACAAAAUCGUGUGCUGUGAUAGUGCCCCAACCUCAAAAGACGAUAUUAUGGAUCCGGAAUCAAAUGCGGCGUUAUUUGAUGCCUUGGAAAAAGUGUACCCUGAUGGUAAAGUUGACCUCAGCAUAUUUAGUUAUAUCAUUAGACAAAAAGAUACUAUAAUCAAACAGCUAGAAGAAAAAGUCAUGCUUUUGAACAGUCAUAUCAGUGUCCUAAAUGCGAAGCAUAUCGAUUCAAUAAAUCUCCAAAAAACUGUCGUUGCUAGACCUGUGGCUGAUAUUGCGAUAAAUGAACAUCAACAAAGUUAUAGCGAGGUUGCCGCGUCGUCGAGCUCAUCUAGACAUAUGGGAAAUCCCGAAAUGGUGUCCAAGCAAAAUGUCGCUGAGGCAGUUAUGAAUGCGAACACACAAUUGAAAUGUAAUCACUACAUAAAUUUGGGAGGAACUACUAGCAUACAUGCAAAUGACUCUCCAGUAAGUCCUGCAAUCUCACUACGAAAUCAUGAUGUAGAUAAUGACGGUUUCCAAAAAGUUACCAGAAGAAAACCUGAGAGGAAAUCUAAGAAGAUGGGAACCGGAGACGGUGAUAAAACAUUUCAUGGAAAGAAGGAUAACGAGAAUAGGAAAUUAUGGCUUUUCAUCUCAAGAGUGCCUGACUCAGUUAACUCAGAGAACGUGAAACAGUUUCUGCAGACGAAAACAAAUUCCAAUCAGGUAGAGGAAUGUGCCGCAGGCGGAGUGCGGCAUCUGCAGCGAGCCGAUGUACCAGGUCGCGAUGCUUUGUUCCUGCAAACACACAUCUUGCGCAGAGUGCAAGACGCAUCGUAG